UAGGAGACGGCGCAGGCUGGCUGCGCCUGCGCGGUGGACGCUGCCGGGGGCGGACGGACGGACCGCGGCGCUGGCCCGCUGAGCUAGUUCCUGCUGGGUCUGGGUCGCCGUCGCCGCCCGGGUCCUGUCGCCUGAUGGUCCGCCUGUGAGGCGGGCUGCCGGCUGACGUCUCCUCGCGAUGGAGCACAUCCGUACGACCAAGGUUGAGCAAGUGAAAUUACUUGACCGAUUCAGUACCAGCAACAAGUCAUUGACAGGGACACUGUAUCUUACAGCCACACACCUGUUAUUUAUAGACUCUCAUCAGAAGGAAACCUGGAUUUUGCACCAUCAUAUUGCCUCAGUAGAGAAACUGGCUCUGACGACUUCUGGGUGCCCACUUGUGAUUCAGUGCAAGAACUUCAGGAUUGUGCAUUUCAUUGUUCCCAGAGAAAGAGAUUGCCAUGACAUUUACAACUCUUUGCUACAACUGUCAAAACAAGCAAAAUAUGAAGAUCUCUACGCAUUCUCUUAUAAUCCCAAACAAAACGAUUCAGAACGACUGCAAGGCUGGCAGCUCAUUGACCUCGCUAAGGAAUACGAGAGGAUGGGAGUGCCAAAUUCAAACUGGCAGCUGUCGGAUGCCAACCGAGAGUACAAGAUUUGUGAAACUUAUCCCAGAGAACUCUAUGUUCCUCGAAUAGCAAGCAAGCCAAUCAUCGUGGGCAGUUCCAAGUUCCGGAGCAAGGGGAGGUUCCCGGUGCUUUGCUACUAUCAUCAGCAUAAGGAGGCUGCCAUUUGUCGGUGUAGUCAGCCACUGUCAGGAUUCAGUGCCCGGUGCCUGGAGGACGAACAUUUGCUUCAAGCCAUUAGUAAGGCCAACCCGGUCAACCGCUACAUGUACGUCGUGGAUACCAGGCCCAAACUGAAUGCAAUGGCCAACAGAGCAGCUGGAAAAGGUUAUGAAAAUGAAGAUAACUAUUCUAAUAUUAGAUUUCAGUUUGUUGGAAUUGAAAAUAUUCAUGUCAUGCGGUCCAGCCUUCAGAAAUUAUUGGAAGUCAGUGGUACCAAAGGGCUUUCUGUCAAUGAUUUCUACUCCGGUUUGGAGAGCUCGGGUUGGCUUCGCCACAUCAAAGCUGUAAUGGACGCUGCAAUCUUCUUAGCCAAAGCAAUAAUGGUUGAAAAUGCUAGUGUGUUGGUGCAUUGUUCUGAUGGCUGGGAUAGGACUUCCCAGGUGUGUUCCCUCGGCUCCCUGUUAUUGGAUUCCUACUACAGGACGGUCAAAGGAUUCAUGGUCUUAAUAGAAAAGGAUUGGAUCUCCUUUGGACAUAAAUUUUCAGAGCGGUGUGGCCAUUUGGAUGGUGACCCAAAGGAAGUCUCACCGGUGUUUACUCAGUUCUUGGAAUGUGUGUGGCAUUUGACCGAGCAAUUUCCACAAGCCUUUGAAUUCAACGAAGCGUUUCUUCUUCAGAUCCAUGAACACAUUCAUUCGUGCCAAUUCGGAAACUUCCUUGGAAAUUGUCAGAAGGAAAGAGAAGAACUCAAGUUGAAGGAGAAGACGUACUCCCUGUGGCCGUUUCUUCUGGAUGACCAAAAGAAGUACUUCAAUCCUCUGUACAAGUCUCAGAAAUUGGCAGUUUUGGAGCCAAAUACAGUAUCUUUCAAUUUUAAGUUUUGGAGAAACAUGUACCACCAAUUCGAUCGAACAUUGCAUCCUAGACAGUUGGUGUGUAAUAUAACUGUGAACAUGAAUGAGGAAAAUGAACAGCUAGAGAAGGAUAUUAAAGACUUGGAAUCUAAAAUUAAGCAACACAAAAAAGAGCAAAUAGAUGGAGUUUUCACCAAGGAAUUGUUACAUUCAGUUCAUCCCGAGUCACCUACCCUCAAAACCUCCCUGUGUUUUAAGGAGCCAGCUCUGCCCCCCGUGAGUGACACUCUUCGAACCAUAGAGGGCAGCAGCCCCGCAGACAAUCGCUACAGCAGCUACGCCGAGGAGUUUGCCAAGCCCGAGCCCGCCAUGGUCAGCCUGGAGUACGGCGUGGCCAGAAUGACUUGUUAGAGUGUGUUCUGGACCGACCACGGUGCAGGAAUUGGACUGUUAUUGUGAGGGUGAUCUGUGCGCAUGACCAAGAGGAAUUUGUCUAAUAAUGAUCUUAGAGUUUAACAGUAGGUUAAUAGUUGAAGAAAGGAUAAUAACUGUUCUCGUGAGAGGAAUAAGUCAGUUUAAUUGCAUUUCUAGCAAGGAAUGACUUUCAUUUCUUUAAGAAACAAGUCGUUUUGGCAAAUUUACUCAAAACAAUUUGCAUUGUAUACUCGUGAACUGCCAUUCUGUAUGAUUUGUAUUUCAGUUACAGCCAAACAUGAAUAGCCUUAAAUAUAAUUUAAUUGUCAGAAAACAAAACUUGAGAAGGUGGUCCCUUACUUAAUAAUUUACAUGGCAUGUACUUUCGACGAUGUAACCGUGUGACUACGACUAUUUACAUGCUUUGCCUAUGAGUGAUGUUUAAUGUCGAAGUGCCACAAAAAGCAUUUCUCAGAAAGCCUUAAAAUCUCAGUUUAUUCUUUAUUCUUUAGUUUCAUAGCGUAGAGCAGGAUUGUUUUGGCUUUCUUUUCGUCAGCCUUGUUUUAUUUGCGAAGAGCCGUGUGCUCAUUCCCGCUGCUGUGCAGGUGCGAAAGCCGUGGCAGAGGCACACCGUCAAGUUCAUGUUUAGCUGGUCCCACCUCCACAGUCAAAGUUAAUGAAACCGAAGUCUUUAUUCCAAUUCCAACUUGGAAUCAGAUUAGUACUACAUUUGAUGACUUAUUAUUUGUAACAUCGGUUAUUGACUUUUUGGAUCUAUGUAAGCACACUUGACUGUCUUUUAUGUGUGGAUUACUGCAUUCUGUUGAUUAUUUUGUGGUUGGUUUUAUCCCUUUGAUAACUGUGUGAGUGUAAAAACCUAAAGCUCUAAAGCUUCUUAGAAACAAUGAAUAGUACGUGUGUAUGUUCUUAAACUGUCGCAGCUCUCAGUGAGUCACUGCUGUUACUGAGAGUAUCUUACGUUCAGUUUCCCAAACAUUUUGGGGGAAAAACAAAAGGAAAGUACAGAUAGUUUAGAUUUCGCUUGCUUCUAUGAAUCUAAAAGCAGUCAUUUCUAUGCGAAAUUUUAUUUGCUCUUAUUAUAGAAGAAAAAGGGAAAAUGAAGGCUAGCCUAAUACAAAAUGCUCAAGAAAACAAAUGCUAGGAAGAGUUUCAUUUUGCCAUGUUAUGUUAACUGUUUAUUCCAUGGACUAGUACAUAUCUUUAAAUUACAAAAAAGAAAAAAAAUCACUUGCCGUCGAUGGCUUGCCGGGAGGGGACAACCCACAUUCACACGGGGCCUGGGGGCCUGAGGACAGGACUGCCCAAGCCAGCUGGCUUUAAAAUGGAAAGUUUAAGUAGCAUGGGUAGCACGAAGUACAAUUCAAGGCUACUAGGAAGUAUACGUGGGAUCGCUCAUGCUUCUCUUUAUUACACUUGUAUCUAUUACUAGUUUUGAACAUAAAUAUCUUUUUCAAGUGGAAAAACAGCUUUAGUGUAUGAGAGCUUAUGUAAUCCUGUUUAUUUUUUCAAUGCUUUCUGUAACAUUAGAUAAGAAAAAUCCUCCUUUUUAAACAGUAACAGAAAUGCACUAUAUAUAAAAUAUAAUUUGUGAUAUUUCAGCACUGGGACAGGAAACUUAAUCUUCGCAACCACAAAGGGAAAGCUUUUGUGCCUUGUUACUUGGUUCCAGUACCGAUAGUGGUUUUAGAAUCUUCCAUGGGAGACUUCUUAUAUUCAGCUCUUUGGUUUAUUAUCUUAAUCUUCAACUCGAGGCACAUAUAUGUGUUUAUAUGCUCACAUAUGGACUGAAAAAUCAGUUAACGUCCUAAGUGACAUAUAGGGCAUAUGUUGGCAAAAAGCGUAUUGUAAAAUUGGAUUUACAUUCAGUGUGUUUGGGAAUGUAUAGCAUGUAAAUUAUUUCAUAUAUUAUUUAAAAGUAAUUAAAUGUUCACGUUUUACUUUGAA